UAUUUCUAAAUUCUUCUCUCUCUGACACACACAGCUCUUCUUUCCUCUUCGCUUUAGGGGGGAGCUAAGAAAGAAAAUCUGUGUGUGAACAGGGAACUUUUAAGAAAAUGGAGCACAACGAGACAGGAUGCCAGGCACCUCCUGAAGCACCUAAGCUUUGUGCCAACAACUGUGGCUUCUUUGGAAGUGCAGCAACCAUGAACUUGUGUUCCAAGUGCCACAAGGACUUGAUUUUGAAGCAGGAACAAGCUAAACUUGCAGCAUCUUCUGUUGAGAGUAUUGUGAGUGGCAGCUCUAGCUCCAACACAAAGGAACCUGCUGUUGCUGCUGUUGCUGCUGUAGAGCUGCCGGCUGGUUCACUUGAGUCCAUGGUCAUAUCAACUGAAGCAUCCUCUACUUCAGCAUUGAAUGUGAAGGGUGAGGAAAAGGUGAAGGAAGGUCCAAAUAGGUGCAACACUUGCAGGAAACGUGUUGGUCUGACAGGGUUCAACUGUAGGUGUGGAAAUCUUUUCUGCGCCGUUCAUCGGUACUCAGAUAAGCACGAAUGCCCCUAUGAUUAUCGGGCUGCUGGUCAGGAUGCUAUAGCAAAAGCCAACCCUGUUGUCAAAGCCGAAAAGCUAGAUACCAAAAUCUAGGGUUGUGUCUCUGGAACAAUCUGUGAGGCAUCUAUUAAGUUAAAUCUUGUCUGUUGGUGUCCUGUGUUAUAAAUGGCUGGAAGCAUGUGAGGACAUCUUGCCUAAGAAAUUACGCCUUAUGAUCCGACUUGUGUGAUGAUGUGUACUGCUUGGCUCUGCUAUGUGAUGCUUGUUUGUGCUGGUUUAUUGGAAUGUGGUUAGUUUCUAAUUUU